UGUCAAAAGUUUGUUUAUAAAUGGCGUCACACGUUUUUUGUGAUUGUAAUUAAUUAAUUGGAUUUGUGUUGUAUUAAAUUUUUGUUUGAGUGAAAUUGGACAAAUUCUAGUGCGGUUCAAAUUUCAGUAUUGAUUUUUCCGGAUUUGGGUUGCUGAAAGCUGAAGUGCUGAAAAAGGGCGGAACAGAACCGGAAUGAGAUAUAAUCAGAUAAAAUGCCGAGUUCUCCUGAAACCACACAAAAUCCGCUCGAUAAGGAUUUGACAACGAAGGAAGAACAACCGAUCACAACCCAAAACACCAUCGAGGAGCUCAAAACUAAACUAACUACUAUUGAAACAGACGAGUCUUCCAUCGACAUGAUUCCUGAGAAUCAAAGAGGGCCGACUCACCACCCCCCGCCGCCCCUGCUCAACGAGGAUGGGUUGAUAAUCCCCCGGAAGCCGCCGAAUCCGGUCAAGGACAACAGCGAACGGCAGAAUCUCCACAAAGAGUUGUUAUUUAACCAGAAAAUUGGGAAAAACGUACUCAACCAAAAAUCCGAAUUGCAGAAGGCCCUGGAGAAACAAAAGGAGAAUCUGGCGAAAAAACAAAUGGAACAUCACCUAGCCGACAAAACCCCCGAGUUGGAGAAAGUGAUAGCUGAUAGGGCGAAACGGUUGCAGGGGAACACCAAUGAGGAGAAGAACGAGGACGAUAAAGUGAUCAACAAGGAGUUUCUCCAGGCUCGAAUGAAGCUAAAGAAUCGCAGCGAUUCCAAAUAGACUUGACGCAUUUCAAAUCUUACGUUUAUUUAACUGUUUUCUUAUUUUAUGUGAUAAGUAUUAGGUGUACUCAUUAGGACUUGUGUAAUAUGUAUCAUACUAUGCAAUAAAAUUAUUUUUUCUAA